AUGUUGGCCUUCGCUUCACCCCUCUUUUCUUUGCUCCUACUGUUCACCACCACCACCACCACCUCCCAACCAUACAAACCCACCGACUAUUUCCUACUCAACUGCGGAUCAACCACCACCACAACCACUUCUGAUCGGUUAUGGCAAACUGACGAACAUUCGAAAUUCGUACCCUACAACAUGACCACCACCUCCUUCCCAUCCACCCCCGACCACCACGAUCCUUCAGUCCCCGAAAUCCCGUACUCCACCGCCAGAAUCUUUAACACGUCUUCAUUCACAUACUCAUUUCCAGUGAACCACGGGCCUAAAUUCCUCCGCCUUUAUUUCUACCCUGCAACCUAUUCCCACCUCAACGCAAACCAGUCUUUCUUCUCUGUAUCAUCCAAUGGUCACUCUCUCUUAUCAAACUUCAGCGCCUUCUUAACUUCAUCCUAUGUAGGAAGUAUUCUCUCAAAUGCAGGAGUCCAGGGACCCUCAGCUCCCCAACUUAUUAAAGAAUUUAUCAUAUAUGUAAACGACACCCAAAACCUUAACGUCACCUUUACACCCUCGCCCAACUCUUACGCCUUCAUUAAUGGACCUGUGAUUGCAAAAGACAUGGCUCUCGAGAGUAUUUAUCGGUUAAACGUCGGUGGGCGACAAAUAUCCGUCAACGAUGAUACCGGUAUGUAUAGAUCAUGGGAUGGAGAUGAACAUUACCUAUUCCCCCGAAAUGCGAUGGGGUUUACGCCUACUACUCAGAUUCCGAUCAGGUACACCACGGACACACCCAAUUACACCGCACCUGAGCUUGUUUAUCAAACCCAAAGGAGUAUGGGCACACUGUCGAGCUACUACUAUCUGACCUGGAUACUUCCCGUUGAUUUAGGAUUUUGGUACAUGCUCAGGCUCCAUUUUUGCAGCAUUAUACCACAAUACACGUUUGAAAGGCAGAUGAUUUUUACGAUCUUCAUCAAUAAUCAAACUGCUGAAGACAAAGCUGAUCUGUUCUUCUGGACUCCAGGCAGCGGUUAUCCGGUAUUCAAGGAUUACGUUGUGUUUGUCGGCAACCCAGAAGGCCAGCGCAGCAAGCAAGAUUUGUGGCUCGCAUUGCAUCCUAAUGAAGAAUCUCUAGAAUAUCAAGAUGGUUUUUUGAAUGGUUUGGAAGUGUUCAAGAUGAGCAUGGCUGGUAGUCUAGCUAGCCCCAACCCGGAGCUAAGUCCUACACCACCACCGCCAAGGCCGUCGUCUCCCGGAGAAGUGACGACAAAGAAAACUCCACCAUAUGCUGCAAUAAUCGGAGGUGGUGGGGGUGGAUUAGUCUUGUUAUCUGCUUUAGGUUUUAUAGUUUUCCGGCGAAUUCGAACCAGAGUUAUUGAAAAGUCAUCAGGUGAACCAAAAUCUAAAAAUUCUGGGCAGCUGCGAUCGGGUCGGUGUCGUCGUUUUUCAGUCAAGGAAGUAAAAGAUGCAACCAAUGAAUUCAAUGAAGAGUGUAUUAUCGGCAAAGGAGGGUUUGGUAUGGUUUACAAAGGAUACAUCGACAAUGCUACCACUGUGGUUGCUAUCAAACGGCUGAAGUCAUCAUCCAAACAAGGUUUUCAAGAAUUCCAAACAGAAAUCGGGAUGCUAUCCAAACUACGCCAUGUUAACCUGGUGCCACUAAUCGGAUAUUGUGAUGAUGAGGAAGAAAUGGUACUUGUGUACGAUUACAUGCCACAUGGAACUCUACGGGAACAUCUUUACAACACAAACAACCCUCGUUUGACAUGGAAAAAACGUCUCGAUAUUUGCAUUGGUGCAGCCAAAGGGUUGCAUUAUCUCCACACCGGUGCAAACCGUGUGAUAAUUCAUCGGGAUAUCAAGUCGACAAAUAUUUUAUUGGAUGAAAAUUGGGUGGCGAAAGUGUCAGAUUUUGGUUUGUCAAAGCUAGGACCAAAAGACGAAAGGCAAAACCAUGUUAGCACAACGGUGAAGGGUACUUUCGGAUAUAUGGAUCCUGAUUAUUUUCGAAUGCAACAACUCACGGAGAAAUCCGACGUGUACUCCUUUGGAGUCGUUUUGCUAGAAGUUUUAUGCGCAAGACCUGCUAUAAAUAUAGACCUUCCUUACGAAGAAGUCAGUUUGGCAGAAUGGGGAAAGUCGAAUUGUCGAAAAGGCACACUGCAUGACAUAAUUGAUCCAAAACUAAGUGGUGAAAUUGCACCAAAGUGUUUCAUGAAGUUUGCAGAGGUGGCGAAUAGUUGUUUAGAAGAAAAAGGGAGCAAACGUCCAUCCAUGGAUGAAGUAGUGUGGGGACUAGAGUUUGCAUUGCAGCUACAAGAAGCUGCUGAGAAAACAGGUGGCAUAGUUGGUGAGUUUGUGUUGGAAAAACAAGAGCUUUUGUUUCCUUUGCAAGGAGAGUCAACAACAACGUCUGAAGGAUCAAGUCGAUGGUUUAUGCGACAUGGCAUGUCGUCGACUGACAGUAGUCAUGUAGGGUUAUAUUCGGAAACAGGGUUUAGCCAGAUGAGAGAUCUUUCGUAA